AUGCUAGAAUAUAGGAAGGAACCCGAGGGAGAAGCCUGGAAACAAGACAAGGUGCCGGAAAGGCAGACGGGAGGCGCGUGUUCCAACUUUGGAGACAGCCGAGCUGAAGUUCCAGACGAGACGGGACGAAAGGAAGUGACGACGUUGGCUGCUUCCUUAUCUCUGUUGUCUGUGUCGUCAACCUAUCUAAACUACCUCGCCUACAUCCCUACCUACCUAGAGGUAGUGGGCGUGGACGAAGGAGGAUGCAGAAGAUGCCGACUGCGAUCAGGUGAGCCUAGCCAGCUGCGCACAACUGUCAGACAGCCCGGUCUCAUUCGGUUGAGGCCCAAGUUGAGCACGGAGCACCGACGCGGGAUGGCUUUUGUCACGCUGUCGGCCGGCCGCUCUGAGCCACACCCAAAGUACCUUGCUCGGGAAUUGCAAUGUACCCAGCCUGGUGGUCCCGGCCUCACGCAAAAACGUGUGGGAUGCCGCCUUGCUGUUGGCUGGCGCACUGCCAGCUCAGCCUGA